UGCGGGCAUGUGCAUGACAGCUCCGUCGCAACCUCUGUAUUUUGGUCCCUCCCUCUUGGGCCGUAGGGCACCUUGUGUGCACCCUGCAUAUAUGUGGAGAGCUCAUCUCUGCCAGUGCCAGGCCACACGCACACCAAGAGAUAGAGAUUGCUGGUCGAGAAGAAGAGAUGUUACAUAUAUAAUAACUACUGUAGGCAGCGGCAUCUCCUGCUGGGACGAAGAUUCAAGAAGCUAGCUAAGAGAGAAGGGCAUAACGAGAUAAUAAGCAGCGCGCGAAGAUGCAAGACUGGGCGCCGGUGUUCGUCUCGCUGGUGCUCUUCAUCCUGCUGUCGCCGGGCCUGCUGUUCCAGAUGCCGGGCAAGUGCCGGAUCAUCGAGUUCGGCAACUUCCAGACCAGCGCCAUCUCCAUCCUCGUCCACGCCAUCCUCUUCUUCGCCCUCGCCGCCAUCUUCCUCGUCGCCGUCGGGGUGCACAUGUACCUCGGCUCCUAGGCGGCGGCGCGGGGCGCCGUACCUUCUCUCUCUCGCCGCGCGCGCCAUCGUUCUCUUCUUUUAUGUUCUCUCUCUAUAUAUAUAGUCUGUAUGAAUGAAUGAUAUCAUAUAAUAAUGUACGUACCGUCGUCCAUGCAUUUGCCCUUAUAUCUGUCUGCCUUCUGAUCCGUAAACGAAUUCAGUUCUUCA